AUGAUGAGAGAGGACAAGGACAGGAGGAGGAGAGGUUGUUGUAAAACUUUGAAGGAUAGAGUGCCACCAGCACAACCAGCAACUCAAUCUUUACAUGUAUUAUUAGUACACAAUCAAUCAUGUGAUAAAUUCUAUAAUAUUAUAUAUAAUAUCAUGUGUAUCAUUCAACUACCUCAAAUCAUUCAAUUUCAAAUAUUAGAUAAUGUUAUUGUAGAACUGUACAAAGAGUAUUAUCUAGCAUUGAAAGAGCUUACUCUUGAUAGUAUUGGUGGUACAGAGGCAACGUUGAUAGCAUGUAAGAGAUACCAAACACUAGCAUUGGUAUCAAAGACAUGGUUUAGAUUCAUACAUCCUCAUCAAAAGAUUGCUUACCUUUCUCGAAAUUAUCGGUUCAUGGAUGACCUAGUAAACUCUAUUGAUUGUGAUAUUGACGAUGAAGAGGAAAAAGCCAAUGACAAUACAAAUGCAUUAUAUAGUCCAACUAAUUUACAUAAUCACAUUAGAAAGUUGACAUUGGCAGUGACAAUUGAAAGACAACAAACAAGAUUCUUUUCAAUAUUGUCAGAUAUUGGUAGACACUUUCCAAGGAUCAAUUAUCUAACACUAGAUUAUCAAAAUGAAGAGGAUCUACCAGACCAUCAAGAAACCACCAUUGAAAUGAUACAUAAUCAUCGUCAUCACACUGGUCGUGAACAUGUCAAAGAGUUUCUAGGUAGUAUUCCAUCGGGUAUACCGUUACAUAUCCAUUUCUAUGGUGACACUAGUGCAAAUAUACUGUCUCAAUUGACGACACUAAACACCACCAACCAUCAUGAUGGUAACAUUUUGAUUGAUCGAUUGACAAUCAAUUGUUAUACUAUUGAUAAAGAGUUGGAUCUACCGACACUGGUCGAUCAGUUUGGUAUUGGUAAACUGAGGUUUCAGUAUGGUGAUCGUGAUGAACUCGAUGGGUUGGGACCUUCCGACAUCAAUUAUCCUCUCUUGACAGGUAUCGAAGAGAAUCUAAUUGCAAGGGACCAAUUUAGACACAUACACACUUUGUCAUUUAGAACACCUAUUCCAUGGUCAUCUGCAAGACAAUUAUUCAAUACUACAACAAUCGAGAAUUUAGAGUUGUCAUUAUCAUUUUUUGAAUUAGUUCCACCAUCCUAUAUUCAACAUUUCAUUCAAAGUCUACAGGAAAACUGUCAAGAUACUUUUGAAGCACUACAACAAAAUACAACUGUCAAGAAACUCGUUCUACAAUUUCAUCCAUUUAUCUCUAGUGGAUUAAGACAUUUUGGUUGGUCAAAUGUGUACAUACGGUAUAAAGAGGAAUCGAAUAAUGCAAUGUUAACUAUUAGCAAAUUGAUUGGUGAAAAUAGAUCGAUAGAGUCGCUGUCAUUGGUUGGAUUUCCAAUAUUCAAUCAAUUCUCAAUUGAAAAUAUAAUCAUUCAUCAAAAAAUGACAUCUCUAUCGCUUUCACAUAUUCCAGAACCCAAUUCAAUCAAUUUGCUAGAGAGAGCAUUCAAAUCGGUAAAAGAAUCAACCAACAACGAUCGAAAGAGUCAAAUCAAACACCUCUAUUUAAAUUGCACACAAUUUAUGAAAUCAGAGUGUCAAGAAUGGUUAUUCACCAUCAAGAAUCUAGUGUUUAGACAACCUCAAAUCAAAAGUGUCGUUUUAUAUGUCGACGGAAAGGAAAUGCCAGCCAAAUGUGACCGUCCAUCUCUGCCACGAGUCAGAUACAUUGAUGCACGACACAAGACCAAACAAACAAAAAAUGAUAAAAGAAGUUAUGUUCAUCAUUCAAUCUCCAUGUCUCAUUCUUGGGAAUCAAACUCUCUUAAAAUAAUUAGAAAUCUUCCAAAUCAUUUCUUUUAA